GCGCUGAUUUCGCGGCGGCCCAUGUGGCUCGGCGAGUCCUCCGAGAAGCCGGUGUUCGGCGACGAUCCUUCGAAUCGGCGACGGUUCACGACGGGUGAUUUCUUCAACGACAUAUUCAGAGGCGACGAGUCUUCGAUCGGGUCGCCGAGGAAGAGGAGUGAGCUAGACUCGCUCGGGUCGAACCCGGGUUCCCGGGUCAUGAGUCCGACCCGGCCUCUCCCGAUCAAAUCCGAACCUUACGGGACUUCUCUUCCUACACAGUUCAGCCUUCCCGCAAAAGUUAUCAAAGCAACAGAGAUGCCAACAUUCGGCUCAUCAACUCGAAGUCUGAGCAAGAACAGAGACACUGCUUCUUCUUCUUCUUCUCCACUCUCAAGAUCUUCAAGCCAAUCUAAUCUCAGAAAUGGGUCUUUUCCGAAACCCGACUCGGAUAAUGUUUCAGAAGUUCAUGGAAGAUCCAGGCAUUUUCACUUCUCCAUCUAUAAAUGGCCCAACAAGGGAGUUCCCACAGUUCUUUGGGGCGGUUCGAGAUUGAAGGCGAUGGUGAAAGCCACGGAUGAUGAUGAGAUAACGCUACAACAGCACACGGCAUCGAGGGAUGCUCGGCCUACGUCCGAUGAGAAAGUGGGUAUUCAUAAAGAUGAAAGCAGAGCACAAGCCGACGAUGUUCAGACAGAACCUGAUUCGCUGCCUAAACCGUCUUUUUCUGGUGGAUUGGAAGCUCGGGAGGCGAAUAUAAAGCCUAUCCAUUCGUUUUUCGCUAAUGAUAAACAAGGAGAAUAUGUAAUAGCGAAUGAAGAAUCGAGAGAAGGUAAAAGCAGAGCCAAGAACGCGAGACCAUCCAAUGGAGAUUCAAAAAGCAGAAAGAAACCACAAGGACAGAGAAGCUCUUCAGACAGGACAAAGAUCGAGAAACCGAGCUUUCCCAGCUCAUCCUCGAAGACAGAAGAAGUUAACGGAGACAGGGUGAAGGGAAAAGUGAAGGAAUUCAUUAAGGUUUUCAGCCAAGGAGCUUCAAUCGGAACAGAUGGCGAAUCGCUUGGACAGAGCUUUAGAUGGAGAGCUAAGGAAAACACUGCAGGGACUGAUCUCAACAAGACUAUCGAUGAACAACAGAAACCGAAUUCAGAUUCUACUGCCAUGGAUCAGCAUCCUCCUCAAGUGCGGGAGAAAAAGGAUUCAGACAUGGAGAACAUGGAGAGCGGGACUCACGGUGUUUCAGGGCAAGAACGGAGACAAGAACAAAGCACAGAGCAUAAUGUUCAUGAGGAUACGGACGAGCCGUUCGAUUUGAAUUUCCAGGUGAAGGAGAUAACACAAGAUGAAGACAAACCCGAGAAAUCCGGUGAUGAUGCUGACGAAAUCCAGAUCAUUGAUGCUAAAAUCAGAAAGUGGUCGCAAGGAAAAGACGGGAACAUACGUUCGCUCCUGUCGACAUUACAAUACAUUCUUUGGCCCGGGAGCGGAUGGAAGCCGGUGCCACUGAUGGAUAUGAUAGAGGCGAAUGCGGUUAGAAGAUCGUACCAGAGAGCGUUACUGAUUCUCCACCCGGACAAGCUGCAGCAAAAGGGAGCUUCCUCCGACCACAAGUACAUUGCAGAGAGUGUUUUCGAGUUAUUGCAGGAAGCGUGGGAUUUCUUCAACUCGGUCGGACCAAUUUGAGAGAAAAAAGGGUAUUUGCGGUUACAAAAGGACAGUAUAUAUACGAUUAAGUGUACAGAGAGAUAUAUUCCAAAGUUUGCAAAUUUUUAUUUCACAAAGAAGGAAAAAUUACUGCUGCAAGGAAGAAGAUGUCAACAAUUGUGUCGAAACCCUAUA